AUUUUCUUCGCUUAUAUCCUCUUACACAAGGUUAUUGUUAUAUCAGCGUUACGAGUAAGCGAGUCGUUUUAGUUUAAAAUUGAAACUCGAACAGAUGUGAAGUGAGUGCCUGAAAACGAGUGUGAAAUAAACAUUGAUAUUGUUACGAAAUUUUACAAUUACGAUAUUUGUUAAAACAUGGAACAAAGUCUUCGCACUUCAAGAGACCUAGUCGUUGAUAAAUCUGUUCUAUCUACAAGUACUUAUAUCUCGCGAAAAGUAACAAAUCGUUGUAAAAAUAUUAAAAAGAGUGACGAUCGAAAUACGCUUAAUGUUUUUCCUAAUGUCGAUGAUAUUAGGAAUAUAUUUUUCUUUAGGAACAAACGAAUAUCAUCCUGCGUGGGAGACGAUGAUUUUAAUGACAAACUAUCGAACGAAUUAAUUUUAUUGAUAUUUAAAUGGUUGCCUAAGAAGGAUCUGGUACAGUGUACGAUGGUUUGCAAGAGAUGGCACGAAAUAACGUACAACGAAAUAUUAUGGAAAAAUUUAGAUUUAUAUCGGAAGACUUUAAAGGAAAUUACGUUGCAACAAAUAUUAUCGAGAGGCGUUCGAAUAUUAAGGCUUGCACAAGCAAAGAUUAUAACGUCUGUGAUUCAAGAAAUGAAUGUUCGUUGCGAUAACGAUUGUACGUACAAAUUACAAUACUUGGAUCUUUCUAUGGCAAUGAUAUUACCAGAUAAUCUGGCAAGUUUAUUAUCAAAAUGUAAAGAUUUAAAAAAAUUAUCCUUGGAAAGUUGUACUUUGAAUGCAGCGUGCUGUAAAGAAUUAAGUUAUUGCACCAAAUUAGAGGUGUUGAAUUUGGCCAUGUGCGAAGGAAUAGAUCUCAAGGGUAUCUUAGAUAUACUUAAACUCAGAAGCUUAAUCGAACUCAAUGUGGCGUGGUGUUCGUUGGAUAAAGAAUCUGUUACUAUUUUAUGUAAAAUGCUUCCACCUACUAUUACUCGCUUAAAUAUUUCUGGAUGUAGAGAAGUUAUAAUAGAUUACGAUAUCGAAGAAUUGAUAAGAUCCUGUCCAAAUAUCAUAGAAUUAGAUUUAAGCGAUUGUAGCGUACUUACCGACAAAACAAUUUUAAAUAUUCUAAAUUUGACGAAAUUAGAACAUUUGUCGUUAAGUCGUUCUUACAAUAUAUCUACAUUAUCGUAUUCAGAAUUGGAACGUAUGCCACGUAUGGAGUAUUUGGAUAUAUUUAGUUUGUUACCAAAGUCGGUGCCGAACAAAUUAAAAAUUAAUAAGUUUCUGUUUAGUUCUAUCGCAAGGCCCACUAUAGGUAAUCAAAGCGGGACUAUUUGGGGCUUUCGAGUUAGAAAUUAGUUUUGAUUAAAGAAAUUGUUAGAAAUUGUUGGAACCGAAACGUUACAAAAAAAAAAAAAAAAAAAAAAAAAAACAAAAUAAUAAA